AUGGGCGUAGUGUUUGGGCUUCUGACAGCUGGAAACCCCUAUGCCAAUCUCUUGAAAGUGAGUACUACCACCAAGCAAAGGUUGGAGCUCUUUCUUUGCCUCCUCCGCCCCCUUCCUCCAUUUUUCUGUGUUCCACCAACCGCUUCCCCCCUCGUAUCUCUCCCUCCCUCCUUUCCUUUCCUCUCCCUUUGCUCCCCCCUGCUGCCCUUCCAACCCCCUCAUGCACAGGUGGAGGCAGAGGAGGAUGGCAAGGUGGUGGAUCGACUGGAGGGAGCCAACCCCCCCGAGCUAGCCCACAAGGAUGGCAAGGUGGUGGAUCGACUGGAAGGAGCCAACCCCCCCGAGCUAGCACACAAGGUGGCGCUGCACAUCGCUGCACCCUCUGCUGCCACCAACUUUAGUGCUGGCGGCUCUGCUGCUGCUGAAGUCAUCGAAUCCGUUCUUCACUCCGCUCGCACCGCCGCUUAUCCCGCUGCUGCUCCGCCUGCUGCCUCUUCUGCUGCUGCUGUUGCUCAGCCAGAGCAGCCGUCCCGAAUGAUCGCCCCGCCCGCAGGUUCGGACAAGCCGAAGCUGUCCCCGGACCUGAAGGCUCGGAUCGAGGCUCUACUGGCCUCCCACCCAGUACUCCUAUUCAUGAAAGGGUCCCCCAGCGCCCCCAGAUGCGGAUUCUCCUCUAAGGUUGUGUCUGUGCUGGAAAAGGACUUAGGGUCUGCGGCGGCCGGUGCGUACGGGUCCUUUGAUAUUCUGCAAGAUGAGGAGGUCCGGCAGGGUUUGAAGGUGUAUAGUGACUGGCCGACUUUCCCGCAGGUGUAUUGCAAAGGGGAGCUGCUUGGGGGGUGUGAUAUUGUGCUGCAGAUGCACGAGAGCGGGGAGUUAAAGGAGGUGUUUGCGGAAAAAGGGGUGCUGGGAGGCGGGGCGAAGGGAGACGCAGCAGGAGGAGGAACAGGAGCAGUGGCGGCAGGUGGGGCAGGAGCAGGAGCGGCAGGAGCAGCAGCGGUGGAUGGGGAGGGUGAUGGGGCGAAGGGGUUGCAAGAGCGGCUGAAGGCGCUCCUCUCGUCUUCGCCUACCAUGCUGUUCAUGAAGGGCACACCGGAGGAGCCGCGGUGUGGGUUCAGCCGCAAGGUGGUGGACGCACUCAAGUCAGAAAGCAUAACCUUUGGCAGUUUUGACAUUCUCACGGAUGAAGCUGUGAGGCAGGGGCUGAAGGAGCUCUCCAAUUGGCCCACGUACCCACAGCUGUAUCACAAGGGCGAGCUGAUUGGUGGAUGCGAUAUUGUGCUUGAAAUGAAGGCCAAUGGGGAGCUUAAAGCCGAGCUUGGAGGGUGA